AUGCCCCAGCAUAAAGCUGAGCGCACAGUAUCACUCUUAACCUUCUGGAGCCUGCCCGCGACAGCCAAGCUUGCUAUUGUGUCUACCAAUGCUGCUGAAGGGAAGGAUGUGAUUCUACGUAUCCACAAGAAGCCUCCCAAUGCUGCAGGCCUCAUGUGGUAUAGGGGGAAAGGCAUCAACAAAAAUCGUAUAAUUACAUUUCUUAUACAGAACUCAAAGACCCACAUAAGAGGUCCUCCAGAUGGACCAGUGACAAUAAACUAUGACGGCUCCUUGCUGUUAAGGAAUGUCACCAUGAAAGAUGCAGGAAUCUACACCAUACUCGUCCGACUAGAAGGUUGCAAAAAAACAAUAGGAUGCGGACAACUCAAUGUAUACCGGCCUGUGGAAGUGCCCACCCUUGUAGCCAGCAACACCACAGUCACCGAGAAUAAGGAUGCCAUAGUCCUGACCUGCUACACAGAUGCAAUCUCCACCCAGUGGUUGAUCAAUGGCACGUAUUUGCAGCUCAUGGAGAGAAUUAAGCUGUCCCGGAACCAGAGAAGCCUCCCCAUAGACCCCGUACAGAGGGAAGAUGCUGGGAAUUACCAGUGUAAAGUCUCGAACCCCAUUAGUUCUGCUGAAAGUACUCCCCUUGAGUUAAAUGUGAAAUACGGAUGA